CUCUAUAUUAACGCACGUGCCAGCCACCUGCCGUCUAAGCAUAUUCCUAUUCUUUCCCUUCAAAUUCUUCACCCGCUUCCGUUCUCUUCCAAAAUCCUCUCUGUUUCUUUUAACACUCAAACAGCUUCUUCAACAUCAACAAUGGCGGACACCAACUCCACUCCCAUUCUCAAAGAUGACCUCGACAUCGUCAUCCCCACCAUCCGUAACCUCGACUUCCUCGAAAUGUGGAGGCCAUUUUUUCAGCCCUAUCACUUGAUCAUUGUCCAAGACGGCGAUCCUUCCAAAACUAUCAGAGUUCCUGAUGGCUUUGAUUAUGAACUUUACAAUCGUAACGAUAUCAAUCGGAUUCUGGGUUCUAAGGCCUCUUGCAUUUCCUUUAAGGACUCUGCUUGUAGGUGCUUUGGGUACUUGAUUUCUAAGAAGAAGUAUAUCUUCACGAUUGAUGAUGACUGCUUUGUUGCUAAAGAUCCAUCUGGUAAAGAGAUUAAUGCACUUGAACAGCACAUUAAGAACGUCUUGACGCCAUCAACCCCAUUUUUCUUCAACACCCUUUAUGAUCCAUAUAGAGAAGGUGCUGAUUUUGUCCGUGGAUAUCCAUUUUCUCUCCGGGAAGGUGUUCCCACUGCAGUAUCUCAUGGGCUUUGGUUAAACAUUCCAGAUUAUGAUGCACCCACCCAACUCGUCAAACCAAUGGAGAGAAACACAAGGUACGUUGACGCAGUUCUGACGGUACCAAAGGCCACCCUCUUUCCAAUGUGUGGAAUGAAUCUGGCAUUCAACCGUGAUUUGAUCGGUCCUGCCAUGUACUUUGGACUCAUGGGAGAUGGCCAACCCAUUGGUCGCUAUGAUGAUAUGUGGGCUGGUUGGUGUAUGAAGGUCAUUUGUGACCACUUGGGAUUUGGAGUGAAGACAGGGUUGCCAUAUAUCUGGCACAGCAAGGCAAGCAACCCAUUUACAAACCUCAGAAAGGAAUACAAAGGAAUCUUUUGGCAAGAACAAAUCAUACCAUUUUUUCAAACUGUUUCCCUACCAAAGGAUUGCAACACUGUGCAGAAGUGCUAUAUUGAACUCUCCAAGCUGGUGAGAGAAAAACUCAGUUCAGUUGAUGAGUAUUUCAUUAAGCUUGCGGAUGCCAUGCUCACUUGGAUUGAAGCUUGGGACGAGCUAAAUCCGUCCGAGGAAGCAACUGAACUAUCCAAAUUUGUUUCAAAAUAAUUUUUACUCAUUGUUUUUCAUUCAUUCAAUCAAACUUUUGCUUCGAAGUUCAAAAUAUUUGGGUAUCAUUUCUUGUAGUUACGCACUCAUUGUUCUUAUUUGAAAAUGAUUUGGUACUUAUAGUA